AUGGUUAAGCGGCCAGUAGAAGGGAAAGACAAAGCCACGACAAGGAGGUCUCGGAAAGAGCUAAGUAUUUCUCAACACACCGCCACAUCAUCAUCAUCUGUAACAAAAUCAAGCCAUAAAAAGAAAAAGAUAUGUGAUCUACGGCAGCCUUGGUUGCAAGAGCAAUACAGACCCCUCACACUAGCUCCCAACAUUGGUCAUCUUACAGCUGAAGCUCGCCUAAAUGGGGAUUUCAUUAUGCAUCAAGCUGGCAAGCGGAAAGGCAAGGAGAUAUGUAAGAUAGUGUCCUCAACAGCUAUGUCUCGAAAUAAUAUCAAGUUUGACGUUGCAGGACGCUACCGAAGACCAACAGUUAAUAAGUGGGAUUUAGUAACAUGCCCAAGUUGUCAAGCUGUUGUCUGGACUAGUGAGGCUGUUGUGCAAGAGACACGGAAUACUACCAGAAAGUUUAGCAUCUGUUGUCAGCAAGGACGUGUUCAACUUCCACCUAAACGCCAACCACCAUCCCCUUUGAAAGAACUACUUGAUAGACCCAGCUUCAUGCUACAGAUCAGAGUUGCCAAUGGAAUGUUAGCAUUCACCUCAAUGGGUGGUCAGAUUGAUCACACUGUCACAAGCACUCCUGGGCCCUUUGCGUUUAGGCUACAUGGGCAAACCCACCACAGAAUUGGCUCUCUGCUCCCACCUGAAGGUAAACUUCCACAGUUUUCACAGUUGUACAUAGUGGACACAGACAAUGAACUGGAGAACAGGAAGAAGGCUUUCAAUAAGGGUAAAUCCGCUCUAACAGUUGAUGACAAUUUGAUAGCUGAGUUAAUCAAGAUGUUGGAUGAAAAUAAUCACCUGGCCAAAACUUUGAGACAUGCACGAGAUCGUAUCUUAUCUGGUGACACAGUUGAAUUCAGUAUCACUUUGGUGAACCAGAAGCAUCGAGGAAGACAAUAUGACUUGCCAACUGCAGGUGAGAUAGGUGGUUUGUUAGUUGGUGACUUCUCGGCAGACUCUGCAGGUAAGGAUAUUGUGCUUGAGUACAAGUCCUCUAAGCUGCAGAGGAUCAGCGACUUACAUCCUUUGUACAUGAGCCUGCAAUAUCCCUUACUCUUUCCAUACGGUGAAUACGACGAGCGAAUUCCCUAUCAGGUUACAGAAAACUCUAAAAUUCAAAGAGAACAUAUGACAAUGAGAGAGUACUUCGCUCACCAGAUACAAACAAGACCAACCGAGGGUAUGACUAUCAUUAAGGCAGGAAGAUUGCUUCAUCAGUAUAUUGUUGAUGCAUACGUGGCCACAGAGCAAGAGAGAUUGCGGUUUAUCAGACAUAGCCAGAAAAAACUCAGGGCUGAGUUAUUUACAAACGUCUGCGAUGCAUUAGAGCGUGGAGAUACAGAUGCUAGCCAGUUGGGGAAAAAAGUCAUAUUACCUUCUUCUUUUACUGGAGGACCUCGAUAUAUGUCUGAGAAAUAUCAAGAUGCUAUGGCUAUCUGUCGUUGGUAUGGUAAUCCCCACCUUUUCAUCACCUUAACAGCCAACCCGAAUUGGGUCCAACUCAAAGAACACUUAGAUGUGUAUGGAGGUGAUUCACCAAACAAUAGGCCUGAUCUAGAAUGCAGAGUUUUUAAGCUAAAGUUAGAAGAGAUGAUGUCAGACUUUAAGAAAGGUGUCUUCUUCCCAAAACCAGCUGCAGUGGUCUACACAAUCGAGUUCCAGAAAUGCGGCCUUCCACACGCACACAUUCUUCUCUGGUUCGAAGGUUUUAAAGGAGAAGCAACUCCUGCGGUUAUUGAUCAAUACAUAUCGGCUGAACUCCCCGACAAAGAAACAGACAGAGAGGGAUUUGAUUUGGUUGAGCGCCACAUGAUUCACGGUCCUUGUGGUAAACAGCGACCCCUAUCAUCAUGUAUGGAAAAGGGAGAGUGCACAAAGAAGUAUCCCAAGCCUUACUCUAACAUUACAAAAAUCGACAAGUCUGGAUUUGUUGUUUACAAGAGGCGGGUUGAUAUCAGAGGAUCUGUUUUGAAAGGAGAACACAAUUUGGUAGUAGAGGAGGGUAAGAGCUUAUCUGAUAUUCUGUCAGAGGAUGGUAUUGAGAAAACAAUGCUCACUGCAUAUUUUAUGGCGAACCAGAAGUAUGAAGAGGCCAGAGAACUUACUUACAUACAAUUUCCAUCUCGGUUUGUCUACCACAGUGGCGAAAAAACCUGGACACCAAGGAAACAAGGGACAGCUAUAGGCAGGAUUAUUUACGCUCAUCCAGCCUCAGGAGACCGUUACUACCUUAGAAUCCUCCUCAAUGUGGUGAAGGGGGCUUUUGGUUAUGACGACCUCUAUACUGUAGGGGGUACAAAGUUUAAGGAAUUUCGAGAUGCUUGCUACGCCAGAGGGUUACUGGACGACGAUAAAGAAUGGCACGAGGCCAUUGUUGAACCUUCAUACUGGGCAACAGGUCGUCAGCUAAGGAGGUUAUUCAUCACUAUCUUGCUCUACUGUGAAGUUGGAAACCCAUUAAAACUCUGGGAUCAUACGUGGAAGAUAUUAGCAGAAGAUAUCUUAUACAUGAAACAAAGAGAAUUCAACACCCCCGGUUUGAUUCUUGAGGAUGCGCAGCUGCAGCAGUACACAUUAAUCGAGAUAGAAAGACUCCUCAAAGAGAACGACAAAUCUCUAACUGACUUCCGCGGAAUGCCAAAGCCAGACACAAGUGUUCUUCAGGAAAUAUCAAACACUGUACUAAGAGAAGAACUGAACUAUGAUACUGCGAAAGAAGCUGGAGAGCAUGAAAAGAUUUUUACCACCAUGAAUGAUGACCAGAGAUCCAUUUACAGCUAA